CUCAUGCACUAAGCUCUAGAGGUCCCUGGUUCAAUCCCGUCUGCCGACAACCGGCGUCUGUUGGCGAGGGCGUUAAACCUGAUUAAACAGAUGUCACAAUAUAAUCUUAGUUCUGCAACUAAAGAAAGUACCACUGUGUUCUUGUAAAACAGCACUUUAAUUUAAAGAAAAGGGAAGUAACUAAGAUAGUGAAGGAUAGACAUUUCCCAAUUUGCGGUCUCAUUUUUCUAUAUCUGGAGACUCCUUGUAAUGUAUGUCAAUGGAAAAAGAUGUGAGGAGCUGAGGCACCCAUGAAUUUAUUAAAAUUUUAGUUUUGGAGAGUUUGCUAUCCUGAUUAUGCCAAAUGAAUCUUUUGUGUACUUUAAGAUACACAACAUACUACACAGUCCAUUCAGUGAUAGGGCACUUGUCUGAAGCUAUAAAUUAGCUUCAUAUGUCCAAUAAUCCAGUUACAAAUGGAAAUGCUGCAGGAAGAAGAAGCCUUCGAUUUUCCACAAAAGGAACUUCAUUUCCAAGAAAAUUUGAAGUUAUCAAUUUAACACUUGGCUAUUCAGUUUCUCAUACAGCAAAUUACAGUCUCUGCCCCUGCUGAAUCAAACCUAAUGGAGAAUUGUAAACUAAUCCCCUGAUUUUAUAUUUUCAUUUUAUCUACUGAAAAAAUUAACUGCACAAGCAAUAUAAAAUGGUAGAAAACAAUAUUGAUUGCCUUGUCUGUGUAUAGUAUAUUACAACAUAAUCCUGCAGGCUUCUGAGGGGCAGAUAUCUCAGAGGUUUCUGGGAGUUUUUACUGUGGGCCAGAUUCUGAUAACUUUACUCGCAUUCAAUUUUAGUACUAUACUCAACAAAUAGUCCCAAUGGGACUAUUCAUUGGGUAAGAGUUUCAGAAAUUGACAUUCUUACUAUUAGAAUAUAUUAAUUGUAUUAUGGUAGCACAUUGGUGCCCCAGUCAUGAAGCAAGACUCCAUUUUGCUAGGCCCUGUGCAAAUGCAGAGCAAAAAGAAACUUUCUUAACCAAAAGAAUUUGUAGUCUGAGUAGAUUGUAAGGACUUGGGAAAGAUUGUCAAAGAUAUUUAGGUGCCUGAAGAUGCAGAUAAGUGCCUAGUGGGAUUUUCAAAAGCAUCUAACCUAUUUAGGCCCUUGUAUCCUUAGAAGAACCCUGUAUUUUAAGAAAUUAGUUCACCAAGUCCUUAUGUGAAAAAGAGAAAACAUAUACAAUGUAUCUUUAGUGCUAGUGGAUCUGUCAAAGGAUCAGACGAAUAUCCAUAUAUAUUUAACUGUGGCCUUAAUUUUAUUCUUUAGGAGAUGGGGUGAAAUAGUUUAAUAAUUAGGCUCUUGGAACUUUACAUUCUAAAGAAGCCAAUAGUGAAGAAAAAACACUGAUUUUUUUAAAACAUUAAUUCUUCAUAGAAUAUUCUAGUUAGUAUAUUUUAACCCACUUAAUGUGCAAUCCAUUAUGAUUAUUUGAUUGUCCAUUUGAUCUGCCUGAUAUCCUUUCAUCCUUUGCAUAUUCACAGAGUCAUGAGGGACUGACCUUCAGUAAUGCUGAAUAACCUCUGCUUGAACUGAAGUUACUAGGAACUGCAAGAUCUCACCACCUCUGAAAAUCCAUCCGUGAAGCAAUAUGCUCUUGCCAUCAGCAAGUGCAGGCAAACUUCUGAAAGUUCUCAGCUUUACUGCUCUUCAUUGUAAAUCCACAUGCACAGAUUAGGCCUUCUAUUAUCAUAGAAUUUUUAUUUUUCUUAAAGAAGGUACAUUUAUUAAAAUAACAAAGAAACAAUGUAAGGGGUCAAUGCCUCCUGCUGCCCCCAUGUGACAGAUAUUCACCCUUGAAGGUCUCUCAAAUCACUACAAAGAAAACCCUCUUUCAAUGGGAAAACCUUGUUGGGGCACUGUUAUUGGUUUAAAAGAUUCCAGUCUGACCCCACUGCACGUCUUAACGUAAAGUCCUACAGAUUCAACUUAAAUCGAUCUCACAUGACUUCUCAUCACUGUCUGUUUGUCCAGAUUCUUCCUAAGCCUCAUGCAACUCUCAUUCUUGGUGCUAGACCACCAGAUUCUCCCCCUUCCCAGUGUCCCCUGACUAAUGAAGGGCUUACACGGUCCUUACCAUCCUGAGGUUAAACCCUAGUCCCAAACAAUUAUAAACCACUUUGCCUGAAUUUUUGUCUCCUCCAGGAGAUUCUGGGAACCCUUUUCAGCCACAGCUUCCUCUGCCUCUUUAACCCCAGACAGGCCCUGUAAACAGACCCUCUCUUGUUGCAGCUUCCUCUUUAUAUAAUGUGUUCUUAGCCCUUUCCCAGCUGAGACUAAUAGCUCCAAUUGAGUUAGUCCAGGUGUACUCAAAUAGGCUAGAUCAGCACCACACUGAGAAGCAGCUACCCAGUCCCAGGGGCUUAAAGGGACACAUCCUGUGACAAAAAGCUUCUACCAAGUGGUACAAAGUAAUGAGUAGGACGGGAAGGGUCCACCUCAGAGAAACAUCAGCAAUAGUGAAAGAAAAAAAGAUGAACAAUCUUAUCCUUUGUUAGAUAUUUCUUUGGCACCAGAAUCCUCAGCUAGUGUAAAUUGGUGUAAAUUCAUUGGUGUGUGGCUCUUGAAGUCUGAUAGACAAAGACACAUUUUUAAACAGCCUUCAACCCAGUCUGCAAGUCAUCCCACAGAAAUGAUAGUAUUUAAACAUUUAACUAUGUGCUUGUAGUACAGAUCAGAUAUUUAGAUCUCUAAAUGCUAUAAUAUGUCAUGGCAAUUCAUCGGAAUGCAGAAUUAGUCUGCAAAUUUAGAGGCUAGUUUUGAAAUUCAACCUUUAAUUUGAGCUGCUGUUGCUAACCAAUGAAGCUUACAAUUACCGCUCCCUCCCCCCCCCCCAACUUGGAGGAAAGAGAAAUGAGAAGGUGAGAGUUAGUUUUAAUUUUAAAACAAAAUAAGUUUCUAACCUUUUUCCUUGUAAAGAAAACCUAAGCAAACCAAUCAUGAGUUUUGAAAGCUUGUCACUGAUUUUUUUCUAAAGAUGGUAUGUUAUCCACAGUGCCUUGGCUUCCAGUCACCCAUGGUUGUCCUUUAGGGUCUGGAGAAGCCGUAACCAUGGGUUGUCUGAUUAUUGCGAUGAUCCCAGAUCAUGUCACAGCUGAGGUAGUCAGUGGUGCCCAGGUUACAGUUGAUAGGACUAGGACACUGCAAACUGCCAGCUGUGUGCACUCUGGCUACAAGGAGGGACAUAACAGCGUGAUCUACUGGCUCUGUUCUGAGCAUUACAUUUUAAAAAACAAUCUUUAUACUUUUACCCUCACUUAUGCAUGUUCUGUACCUGCAAAUGAAGAAACUUGUACCUACAAACAUUUGCCUCUGCAAAUCAGAGAUACAUCUAAUUUAAUAACUAAAUUCCGUUGUUUGUAGAUGGAAAUGAGCAAUAGAAUGCUUGAUUGCGUCCUUGCAUUUUGAAAUGUACUACGAGCAUGGCCAAAGGUAUCGAACGGAAAUCUACUAGACACACUAAUCUUUUAGUAAUCUUAGUUAUUUUUAGUUGACAUAUUGCAAAAUUAAAAAGCAGUCAUACUAGUUGUGAACAUUACACCAGAAUCAGGCCCAUCCAGACUCAUUUUUUACAUCCUCUUUUGGAUUUGGUGUCACUGCUUGUUUACAGACCACACAGUUUUCCACUGGUGACGGCACUUCUGUUUUAAAAAUUGCACAAAAAGAGGAACAAAAUUGUGUGUGCUCCAGUUAUUGCUCACACUGUCUGAAGUGAAUAAAGAGAAUUUAUUCUAAGGUUGCUGCAGCUGUAGUCAUGGAAUGUUAGGUUAUGUGACUAUCCACAUCUUAUACUGAUUCUGAAAGGGAAUAUAGUGAACUUUGCUGGUUAGUGAGUCUCUAGCACUGAUCAACAUGUUGGCAGAAGGCAUCCUAACUGGAAUCAUAUACAAAGAAAGAAAACAGAACAUAGAUAAACCCCACAAAUGUCACAGAAAAGAUGAAAGGGAAACCUGGAAAGAUCACCUUAUAGAUACACCAGCAAUUAAAGAUUUUGCUUCAGAAUCUGAGAAGCAGAAUGAGAUCAUUGCAAAAGGUAGCAAAAUUGAAAAUAAUAAAGAGCUUCAAUGGAAAUCUAAAGAAGAGCUACCUGCAAAAGAACAUAGUGCACACAUUAAAGGAACAAUAUCUAAAGCUUUACAUAUACCAGGAAGAGAACAAAUUCAUGACAACCAGGUGGAUUUGUAUAGAUCCUGGUCAUGCCACAGUAUUUAUCAAAACUAUCCUGACUUACAUAUUGGAGGAGACCAUGUAGGAGGUUAUAUGCGGGAUUCAGGUUGCAUUAUGGACCACAUAAGUGAUGAACUUGUUGAUGGCCCGGUUUUAUUGUCAGGAGAUAUUCUAUUGGGUCAUUCCCCCCAAAAUGAGCCUCUUGAAAAAACAGCUACAAAGUCCUUGAAUGGUGAUGAAGGUGGAGAAAGGAGUAUGACACUCCACAAGCAGCCUCUUUCAAAUUCUGUGCUGAAUAACUACAUGGAUACAAAGGUGGAAGAGCUCUAUAAACAGUUUUUUGAAGAGAACCUGACCAGGUGUGGUUCUGUAACAAACCUCCUGACUUCCAGUUUGAUCAUGAAUAACCUAAAACAGAUAAACCUUCAGAUCUCCCAAGAACAGACUAUAGAAACAUGUAAAGCUAGAGAAGUGCUUUUACAUUCUCUAGCUUUGUUUAGUUUCCGCAAUGCUGCCAGUGGAAACAGCUCUGAAUUUAGCACUCCAAAUUUACAGUUCUCAAACUCACUAAGCAAGAGAAAGAGCUCCCGGGUACAGUUUACAUCAUGAUUGAACUGUUUGGUUACAGCAGUGGUUCUCAAACUUUUGUACUGGUGACCCCUUUCACACACAAGCCUCUGAGUGCCAUCCCGUUAUAAAUUAAAAACAUUUUUUAAUAUAUUUAACACCAUUAUCAAUGCUGGAGGGAAAGCAGGGUUUGAAGUGGAGGCUCACAGCUCGUAACCCCCCAUGUAAUAACCUCGGGACCCCCUGAGGGGUACUGACCCUCAGUUUGAGAACCCCUGGGAUACAGCCUAUUUUUCAGCUGCGGUCUCUUUUCUUUCAGGAUUACUUUGUGAAAUGUACCAAAUUAGACACUACUGACUUCUUAAAAUAAAUUUUGACAUUUAAACCACACUUUGUCUGUGGUACCACUCCAUUGCUUGUUACCGGACUAAAAUAAAGAUCAUGUGUCUUUGUGUGGUUGAAUGUAAUCCAAAUGAAAUUUUUAUACAAAAUCCUAUUGAGCUAAAUUUUCAAAGUGGCCUAAAACCAGCUUCUAAGAGUCCAGCCCCGCCAACACCUAGUGUGUGACUAAUUAUACAUAGGACUAGUACUUAUGCAGUCAAAGUUAGUCACAUGCAUUAAUGUUGGUAAGAUUUUGCCCUAAGAAAUUAAUCCAGAACCCAAUGAAGUUGAUGGUUAGACUCACAUUGAUUUCAGUGGUCUUUGGAUCAGGCCAUAAAUUUUAACCCAUAAUUUUGUGCAUUUAAAUUUAGAGGUUGCUAUUGCAGAUUUCACCCAUUAUGUCUGAGAAAAUGGCCUUCUGUUUUGAAAAUCCUGUUUAACAAUUUGGUUUAUUUUGCAUAGCAUCUUACAUAUAUCAAAUGUAUAUAAAAAUGUUUAUCGGAGAGGAAAAUCAAUGACAAUACUCUAUAGAAGGAUGAAAUGUGCAUUUAUAUGAGGUUAAAACAUGUUUUGUAUUAUACAGGUAGAGUACAUUACAAUGGAAAACUACAGAUACAUUAGCUUCUAAAAAUUUAAAUAGGUCAAGUUUAUAAAAUGUUAAAAAUAUUUCAGUUACUGUAAAGGUGACAUUUCUAUUCAUUUAAAAUGUCAUUUACUUAAAUAAAAGUUUCCAUAUAUUAGACAACAAAAUCCACUCAGAUUCCCAGAAUAUAUAAAAUGAUUACUUCUGCCUACCAUUUGCAUUUUAAAAAUAGGACUCCUUAUUGUGUUUUUCUGAAAAAUACACCCUUAUGACCUCAGCAAGUUAAGAGUGUGUUGCAAUGUUA